AUGACUAUUAAAAUGAUAUGCUAUUUUGGUUGGAUAAUACUUGAUUUACGUAUAAUUCUAUACGUAAUCUUCAUCGACAGUUACAUAAUAUCUAAAAUUAUACCUGUCUUCGUUAGCUUAAUCUGGUUUUGCCACAACGUUUUUAAAUUUGUGCUCAUUAAUUAUAUGUGCGAAACUGUUACCACUAAGGCAAGUAAUACAUCAGAUUUAUUAAAUAGGUUGUCAUAUUCCACUUAUGAUGUAGAAAUUCGUGAAAUCAUUUCACACUUUUUAUUACAAAUGACUUAUGCGCCACUUAAAUUUUGUGGAAUUGGAUUUUUUCAGUUUGGCUUCAAAUUUCUGCACAGGUUCAUCAUGUCUAUUAUGACCGUUUUAGUUAUAAUAUUACAAGCGCAAGCAAAUAAGUAA